AUGGUUAGUGAUGAAUCGAUGGCUAUACAAUAUAAUUAUCCAAAUAAAAGUGUUGAUUAUAAAACUGGUGCAUCUAGUGUUAUUAAUAUUGCUAGAGAUGGUAGAUGGGGAAGGGUACCAGAAACGUAUGGCGAAUGUCCAGUGUUAACCAGUGAAAUAGCAGUUGCAUUUAAUAACGGUCUAAUGAGUUAUGCAACAUUAGAAGAUACAGAAUUAGAAUAUGGCAUUUAA